AUGGAGCCGCCGCCGCAGCCGCCCGGCGCCCCCAGCGCCGCCGAGCCCGCUGCCUGCCCCAGGGACACCGAGCGCCAGCUGCGCCUCCGCCUCUGCGUCCUCAACGAGAUCCUGAGCACCGAACGCGACUACGUGGGGACCCUCCGCUUCCUGCAGUCGGCAUUUCUUCACCGGAUCCGGCAGAAUGCAGUGGACAAAGCUGAGAAGUACAUAACAGAGGAGAAUGUUAAGAUCUUAUUUUCAAACAUUGAAGACAUUCUUGGUGUUCACAAGGAGUUCCUGGCUGCUCUGGAAUUCUGUUUGCAACCAGAACCCCAGUCUCAGCAUGAACUGGGAAAUGUUUUCUUAAAAUUUAAAGACAAAUUCUUUGUGUACGAGGAGUACUGUAGUAACCACGAGAAAGCACUCAGACUGCUGAUGGAAUUGAACAAGAUCCCGACAGUGAGAACAUUCCUUCUGGGUUGCAUGCUUUUGGGAGGCAGAAAGACAACAGACAUUCCACUAGAGGGUUAUCUGCUGACUCCAAUUCAGAGAAUUUGCAAAUAUCCUCUUCUGCUAAAGGAAUUAGCUAAGAGGACUCCCUCUAAGCAUCCUGAUCACCCAGCUGUCCAGAGUGCACUUCAGGCAAUGAAGACAGUCUGUACAAAUAUCAACGAGACCAAGAGACAGAUGGAGAAACUGGAAGCCCUUGAACAGUUGCAGUCGCACAUUGAAGGAUGGGAGGGGUCAAAUCUUACAGAUAUUUGUACACAGCUCUUGCUGCAAGGGACUUUAUUAAAAAUCUCAGCAGGAAACAUCCAGGAGAGAAUGUUCUUUCUAUUUGAUAAUCUCCUGGUCUAUUGCAAGAGGAAAUCGAGAGUUACUGGGAAAAAAACAUCUAAAAGGACAAAGUCAAUCAACGGAUCACUUUAUAUAUUCAGGGGCCGAAUAAAUACAGAAGUAAUGGAAGUAGAGAAUGUGGAAGAUGGAACAGCAGAUUACCACAGUAACGGCUACACGGUGACAAAUGGCUGGAAGAUUCACAACACAGCCAAAAACAAGUGGUUUGUCUGUAUGGCCAAGACUGCUGAAGAUAAACAGAAGUGGCUGGAUGCCAUAAUCAGGGAAAGGGAGCAGAGAGAGAGUUUGAAGCUGGGAAUGGAAAGGGAUGCAUAUGUCAUGAUUGCAGAGAAAGGAGAGAAGCUGUACCAAAUGAUGACGAGCAAGAAAGUGAACCUUAUCAAAGACAGGAGAAGAAAAUUAAGUACUGUUCCCAAGUGCUUUCUUGGCAACGAGUUUGUGUCGUGGCUUACUGAGAUUGGAGAGAUCAGCAAACCAGAGGAGGGGGUCAACCUGGGACAGGCACUGUUGGAAAAUGGAAUCAUUCAUCAUGUUUCAGAUAAGCACCAGUUUAAGAAUGAACAGGUGAUGUACAGAUUUCGCUAUGAUGAUGGAACAUACAAGCCAAGAAGUGAAUUGGAAGACAUCGUGUCCAAGGGGGUGAGGCUGUACUGCCGACUGCACUGCCUGUAUACUCCCGUGGUAAAAGAUCGUGACCACCACCUAAAGACAUACAAAUCAGUAAUCCCUGCAAGUAAACUAGUGGACUGGCUUAUUGCACAGGGAGACUGUCAAACUCGGGAGGAAGCUGUCACACUGGGUGUAGGACUCUGCAAUAACGGCUUCAUGCAUCAUGUAUUGGAGAAAAGUGAGUUUAAGGAUGAAUCCUUAUAUUUCCGCUUUUAUGCUGAUGAGGAGAUGGAGGGCACCAGUUCCAAGAGCAAACAAUUGCGUAAUGACUUCAAGCUCGUGGAAAACAUCCUGGCAAAGAAUCUUCUGAUUUUACCAGAAGAAGAUGACUAUGGAUUUGACAUAGAAGAAAAGAACAAAGCAAUUGUGGUGAAGUCAGUUAGACGAGAGUCUUCUGCCGAGAUGGCUGGCCUGCAAGCAGGAAGAAAAAUCUAUUCCAUCAAUGAGGAUUUAGUAUUCCUCCGCCCGUUUGCUGAGGUGGAAACCAUCUUAUCCCAGUCCUUCUGCUCACGAAGGCCACUUAGGCUUCUGGUAGCCACCAAAUCAAAAGAGAUUAUUAAAAUCCCAGAUUGUCCUGAAGCACUUUGCUUUCAGAUCCGGGGAGCAGCACCACCAUAUGUUCACGCAGUAGGAAGAGGUUCUGAGGCUGCAGCCGUAGGUCUUCAUCCAGGGCAGUGUAUUCUGAAAGUUAAUGGGAAUAAUGCAACACAUGGAAAUUACAAGGAAGUUCUGGAGCACUUCACAGCCUAUAGGACCAGGCAGCAGGAAGCACUGGGGUUGUACCAGUGGGUGUACAGAACACAUGAAGAUGCUGAAGAGGACAGAGUUCAGCAAGCAGCAUCCCCUGUGUGUCUGAGUGGCAGUCACCCGGGCUCCAGCAAAGACAACUCUGCACUAGAAGGAUAUGCAGAAUUGGAGUCCCUUCAAAGCAGCCAGCAGGAAUCAGCCCAGACACCACAGACUGUUCUUUCUCCACUGGUAAUCGGUGAAGAAACUCCUCUCAUCAGCCUGACUGUGGAUAACACCCACCUGGAGCAUGGGGUGGUGUAUGAAUAUGUUAGCAGUGCAGGAAUCAAAUCCUUUGUCCUGGAGAAAAUUGUGGAACCAAAGGGUUGCUUCAAUCUCACUGCAAAGAUUUUAGAGGCCUUUGCUACAGAGGACAGUCAUUUUGUAAGGAAUUGUGAAAGACUUAUAUCCCUAAGCAGUGCCGUGGCCACCAUGCCCCAGUAUGAAUUUCGACAAAUCUGUGACACUAAGCUGGAGAGCAUUAGCAAGAGGCUCACGAGCUAUCAAGAGUUUGCAGAUGAAUUGAAAACAAAGGUGAGCCCAGCCUUCAAACAAGCUGUUAUGGAACCACAUUCUCUCAACAGCAUGGAUUUCUGCCCCACCAACUGCCAUAUUAACCUCAUGGAGGUAUCAUACCCCAAAAGCUCUACCUCAGCAGGGAGAUCGUUCAGUAUUCGCAUUGGACGGAAACCUUCUAUUAUUGGUCUUGAUCCAGAGCAAGGUACCUUAAAUCCAGUCUCAUAUACUCAGCAUUGCAUCACCACUAUGGCUGCACCAUCCUGGAGAUGUCCAGCCCCAGAAGAUGGAGAUCCUGGUGGUAGCCUUGGCCAGCAGAAUGGAGGAACAAUUCGGGAAGAAAGGGGACUCAGUUUUCUGCUGAAACAGGAAGAUUGGGAGAUGCAGGACUCCUACUUGCACCUUUUUAACAAACUUGACAUUGCAGUGAAGGAAAUGAAGCAGUAUGUCAUUCAGAUAAAUAAACUUUUGUCCACCAUAACAGAACCUACAGAAGCUGGUGCCUGUGAGGCACCAUCUACUGAGGAGACAUCCUCGCCUUCCCUGGGAACAGAAGACAGUGAUCCUGACAAAGUUGAGCAUGGUGGAGUCAAGAAGGUCUGUUUCAAAGUUUCUGACGAGGACCAGGAAGACUCUGGACAUGACACAAUGAGUUUCAGAGACUCCUAUAGUGAGUGUAACAGUAACCGGGACUCCGUGUUGUCCUACACCAGCGUGCGGAGCAACAGCUCUUACCUGGGCAGUGAUGAGAUGGGGUCAGGAGAUGAGCUUCCCAAUGAUAUGAGGAUACCUUUAGACAAGCAAGACAAACUUCAUGGCUGUCUGGAACACCUUUUUAACCAGGUUGAUGCAAUCAAUGCACUUCUAAAAGGACCAGGAAUAAGUAAGGCCUUUGAGGAAACCAAGCACUUUCCCAUGGACCACAGUUUGCAAGAAUUUAAGCAGAAGGAAGAAACUACAGUUAGGUGCCGGAAUAAUAUUCAAGCCAGCAUUCAGGAAGAUCCAUGGAACCUUCCACUGCGCAUCAAGAACCUUGUUGACAUCAUACAGAAACAUGUGGAAGAUGGGAAGAAUCAACUGCUUUUGGCCUUGUUAAAAUGCACAGAUACUGAGCUACAGCUGAGACGUGAUUCCAUCUUCUGUCAGUCUGUUGUAGCUGCUAUUUGCACCUUUUCAGAGCAAUUACUGGCUGCCCUCAACUAUCGGUACAACAACAAUGGGGAAUACGAAGAGAGCAGCAGAGAUGCCAGCAGAAAAUGGCUGGAACAGAUAGCAGCCACUGGAGUUUUACUGAACUACCAGUCUCUUCUCUCCCCCACUGUGAAGGAGGAGCGCACCAUGCUGGAAGACAUCCAGGUCACUCUGGCUGAACUAGACAAAGUUGCCUUUUUUUUCAAGCAGCUGGAUGAAAGUCUUGUAGCAAAUACUCAUGUCUUCUACCACAUCGAAGGAAGUCGUCAGGCCUUGAAGGUUAUCUUUUAUCUUGACAGCUACUACUUCUCCAAACUGCCUGCUCGGUUUCAGAAUGGGGGAACCUUGAAACUGCACACAGUUCUCUUUACAAAAGCUCUGGAGAGUACAGAGGGGCAAUCACAACCAGCUGGUUCAUCUCUAGAAGAACUCCCACAGCAAAUUAAUGGUAUUUCACUCGAAAAAGUGCAGCAAUACUACCGUAAACUCAGGACGUUUUACCUAGAGAGAUCAAAUUUGCCCACUGAUUCCAAUACUACUGCAGUGAAGAUUGACCAGCUUAUUCGUCCUAUCAAUGCAAUGGAUGAGCUUUGCAGGCUGCUGAAGUCUUUCAUUAGUACAAAGCCAGGGCAGUCGGGAUGUUCCAGCAGUGCCUCCUCAGGAGCUGGCCUGCUGCCCAUAUCCUCUGAGCUCUGUUACCGGCUGGGAGCCUGUCACAUCACCAUGUGUGCCACUGGGAUGCAGAGGAGUACACUGAGUGUGUCCCUGGAGCAAGCAGCCAUACUGGCCCGCAGCCAUGGACUCCUGCCCAAGUGUAUCAUGCAAGCUACAGACAUCAUGCGGAAGCAGGGACCAAGGGUUGAAAUCUCUGCCAAGAAUCUGAAAGUGAUGGACCAAAUGCCACAGCAUGCACCUCGACUCUAUAGGUUGUGCCAGCCGCCUACAGAGGGGGAUUUAUAGAAGAAAGAGGCACCUCUUGGCAGCCCCACAAGAGCACUCCACUCUGAGGAGCCCUGGCCGAGGACCCUACGGACUGACCCCAGUGGUGCUGCUGUGCUCUGGAGCAGAGGGACCUGCUGGCCCAGGCAUCAGGAAUCUGCCUUCGAACUCCUGGAGCCCAUGCAGGAUCCAUGUAUUUCUUUGACUUCUUGGAGAAAUUCUUGAAGAAAGCACCACAGGCAGGAAUGGCUGCUGCCAUUUGCCAGAUGCCUGGAAAAUGACCAUCAUUCUUCAAGAAAGCGCAGUUCUCCUGGCGACUUGUUUGUGCAACCACCAGAAAGUUGUGGACUUCAAGAUACAGCUUGGUUCAGAAAAUCAUGCUGGACACGCCUCUCUCCCUGUACUGCCCCAGGCACCCAUUUAACUGCCAGCAGGUUUUUGGACAACAUCCUUUAGUGGUAGUUUCAUAAACCCCUCUUUUUCAAGAAAUGACCUGCACUUUUGAGCAAAGAAUAGCACAACUUUUGGUUUAUUCAAAUAGGAACAUAAAGAAUUUCUUCUGGAGUAAUUUUCCACUUUGGCCCAGUGAGAGAAUCUCUCUAUGCUGCAGAGUAUACAUUCCAUAAUACUUCUUAUCAUUAUUUCAUUUCACUUACUGUAGCUUUCAGGUUUUUGAUUAACUCUUUUUACUAAUGCCCUGUGAUGGUGUACUCUGGAAUACAGUGCUAGUGAAGAGGAGUGUAGGAUUUUUAAGAGAACAUUAUAAAGAAAAAAUACAGUCUUAUAAUCUGAUUAUUUGAACAGAUGUAGUUUUUAAAACAGGUCAGAAGAACUAUACUUAUUUAUGUGGAGUGGAAUAAUAUGUGUUUUCAAUCAUCUUAUUACAUGUACAAGGUUAAAAUAAAAAUUAUAUUGUUUAAAAUGGGACCAAUAUACUGGCAGUUACACAGCUACUCCCAGCUGACUGAAAAAUCUACAUUAUUUAAAACCUUCAAUAUUUAAGUAGAAUUUAAUACAGUUAUUAAGAUGUAUUAGGGAUGCUUUUAAGUUAAAAGAAAAAAGGAAUAAUGUAUAUAAUGUUCUUUAUUUUUUCUUGUUUGUAAAAUCAUUCUCCAUUCUGUCAGUAUUGCCCUAAGCGCUGUAGUUUUUUUCCAAAUUACUGGCUGAAACUAAUGAAAGCAUGUCAGCAGUCUCAGGACAGAAAUCAUGUUCCUUUGGAGUGAGUGCCUUAACAUGACCAACCCUCCCUAACGUGGCAGGCAUACAAGAAACUCCCAUUUCCUGUUCCUCCGCAGCCUCCUUUAAACAGCUCCCAGUUAGGCAACCCAGGAGCGCUUUGCAGUAAUGUAUAUUUUAGAAAAUAAAGGUUUGGGGGUUUUAUUUGUGUUGUUUGUUUUUUAGUGGGCUUAAUUUUAUUUUAUUAACAUCCAAAGCAACUCAAAAACUAAAACUGGAUGUUUUCAUUUGGACAUGAAGGUUUCUUUAAUUUUUCUAAUCUUCUCUUGAACACAAAACUGUUUAUGACAAGUUGUGGGAAUGCAGUUUGUUCUUAAUCUUGUUUCUUAAUUUUUCAAUAUUUGUUUUCUUCUCCCACAGACUGGAAUAAUUUUGGGGAAGGAAAUUCCUUUUUUAUUUUAUCUUUUUUUUUUUUUUUUAUUUCUUACUUUUAACUGUUUCUUCUGAUCUACAGCAAGGCUGGGGGGAACUAGGACAGCCCAUGGACUGCCAGCUUUGGGAUAUAGAUUUGGUACUGGGGGUCCAUUCUGGACUGCAACCAGAUAAGCAGAUCUCUAUUUCAAUGCACUUUUUGCUAAUUUUGGAAAUGUUACUGUUAUCAUUUGCUACUUGAAGAAAAAAUGGAUGUUUCUUCACUGAAUCCUCAAUUUCAAACGUACUUAGUACUAUAAAAACCACAGGAACACCCCAAAGUAAAAAAGAACCCGUUGGGCAAGCCCUGUCUGUGUCCCCAUCAGCUGUGCUCCACAGAACAACCUGGGCAGGAUCCUGGCCCAUGCCUGCAGCCUCUGGCAACACGAGAGAUGCAGAGAAGGAUGUCCAAGGGCAUUUACACUGUGCACUGUUUUACACUGAAAUGUAUGUGUUAUUCUCACUGAAAACCUGAGAGAUGUUUUUAUUAUUAAAAGUUGGUUUAUAUUAUAAGGGAAGAAGGUUGAUCUUAUUUUCUGUUACACCCUUUAGUUCCUUCACCCUGCAUUCUGUUGAGCAGUUUUAAGUACCAAUAUACUUGUAUGGCUUGGGGAGCAGUCGGAAGUUUGAAUGGUAAGGGGAAAGUUGGGUUUGAUUUCAGCUCAAACUGACAGUGUAGAGCUGAACUCUUCCUGUUUGUGCAGUCCUCUAAAGCUGUGGGGGAGACCACAGACUCAUGUUACGGUAGAAGCACAGAUACUGGCAGGCUGGGGUGAUGCUGAUUUGGGAGACACUAAUCUUGCGAAGGAUCUUGGUAAACACACAAAAACACACCGAAGGACUUUGAACACUGAAGGGGAUGAAAUGAGUGGAAUUAUGUUUUUCCACACAAAUAAUAGCUUAUGCUGUUGAAGAUUGAACAAGAUAUUUUGCUUUAUUUUUUGUUAAUUAAUAAUAAAAGGACCGAUCAUAGGGUUUGUCACAAGAUGACACAGGCAUUUUGAUAAAUCAUGAAAGGUCAGCCUGCACUAGAAAACAAAUGGUCAGUUAUUAUGGAGAAGUAUUCAGGCUCUCUGCUGAAGCCAGAUAAUUAAGUGAAAAUGCAGUAGCUAAGUGUUGAA